GAUUUCAUGGAAAAAUGUCAUAUAUAUUGAUUACGAGUCGUUUCCACAGGUACCAUACCUGGUAUUUAAUUAAACUUGGGAGAUUUUUUUUUCUUUGAGAAUUUGGCAUCAGGCCAUUACCCGCAUAGAAAAACAUGAACUAUUUUCUAAAGGAGAAAAAAAAACAUUUGGAAUGCGCAGUAGAUUAUCAAUGCAAUUUUUAAGAAAUUCAAAAAAAAAUCGUUUAUGACGUAUGAGGAAAUUUUUCACUGGCUAUAGUGACGUGAUCAAGUAGUAGAUCAGGUGUUUUUUGUGUCUAGCUUUGUCCAGAAUAAGAAGUACAGGACGUCACUCUUACAAUUUGAAGGUUGAAUAGGAAGGGAGAGAUGAUGAUCCACAGUGUGAAGUUGAUCAAUAAACGUUUUCCUACUGCUAUUUAUUUGGCGUUUUUAUUUUUGUAUUCUGCUUAUAAAUGUGUAUACAACUUCACUUAGUGACGUCAGGUAUUUCUUACGUUGCGGAGAUUUUGUUUCAUUUUUUUUUUCAUCUUUUAAAAACUACAAACGUGUAUGCAAAGUAUCUCUACAUAUACCUAUACCUAUACCUACCUACCUGUUUAUAAAAUUAUCUAUUUAUAGUAACUUGAAUCUUGCUCAUUUCAAAUGUUUGUGUGCAUCAGAUAAGUAUUGACUAUACAAAUUAGUGCCUAAAUAUAAAGUGUUCGUACGUUGAAUUCAAAUAUUCAGAAUGAAAAAUGUUUUGUGGAUUAUAUCGCUUCUGGAAGUUUUAAUUGGUUUCUCUCAAUCACGAGGUAUUCCAGAUGCAAAUCACGAGAUUGUACAAAACGGAUUGCUAAAUUUUGGAGUAAAAUUGAAUUCAAUUUUAUUGGAAAACAAUACCGAAAACGAGAACAUCCUGUUUUCUCCAUUCAAUCUUUACACAUCUUUAGCUCUUGUCCAUCUUGGUAGCAAUGGCACAACACGUGAUACGAUUUCUAAUCUUUUAGGUAUUCCCGAAACUAAUUUGCCAAAAAAUUUACACGAAGUAUUGAGAAACUUUUCAUCGGAGAUGCAAACGAUACCAUUGGUACCUCAGUACAAUAGAAAAGAAAAUGGAACUACAGUCACAGGAGGCGUAAAAAUGUAUGAUUUGAAACUAAGCAAUGGAAUUUUUGUUCAAAAUAAAUACAAAGACAAGCUAAAGAAAGACUACGUUGAAGAUGUUAAACAGUACCACAACGGGGAUAUUUUUGAUGUUGAUUUCGUCAUUAAGAGGGAAGAAACGAUAGAUACGAUUAAUAAAUACGUCUCUAAUAAGACUGAAAACAGAAUACCUCAACUAUUCAAGAAACCUUUAUCGCAAGACACCUUAAUGCUUAUAACAAGUACUUUAUAUUACAAAGCAUUUUGGCCAAAAAAAUUUGAACGCGAGCUGACGAAGACAGAUACAUUUUACACAGAUAAAGGAAACAUUACAGUCCAAAUGAUGAACGGUCAAUUGGAAGGAACAGCAUACGCCAACAUAUCAUCCCUAGGAGUAGAAGUUAUCAAUUUACCAUUCUACGAUCAGAUAUUUUCCAUGUUUAUCGUAAUGCCUUAUGAAAAUCAACCCUUAGAGAAAUUCUUAAGCAAUUUGACUGCCGCUCAAAUGCACCAAAUUAUUGAUCGGAAAACGUAUCACUGGUACUACGUGGACUUGAAAUUACCCAAAACAGCUUUCAAAUGGAGUAAAUCGGUUAAAAAGCAACUCGUUCAACUCGGACUUACAGAGGGAAUUUUGGAAUCACCCGAGCUAACCGGUAUGAUUGAAGAUUGCGAUAUAAAAAUUAGCGAAAUUAAACACAGCACUGAUAUUAAAAUAGAUGAAGAUGGACUCGAAGCUAGUGCUUUUUCGUACGAAGAAGCUGAUUUGAGAGUUGCUUUUGAUCGUAAGAAAAAAGCCACGUUCCAUGUGAAUAGACCUUUCUUCUUUUUCAUUUAUAAUCACGAUGUUAACGUUGUGUUAUUUUUUGGUACUGUGUUUGAUCCUAAUGGCAAAGAAUGAUUGAGACUUUUUUUUUGGGAGGAAAUAUGCGCUAAUGGAAUUUUUGAAAAACGUUUAUUUUUGUGUCUAUAUACCUAUUGGAUUUUAGAAAUAUUUGUCAUUCUAUCGUAAUAAAGAAUUCACCAAUUA